AUGAGCUUCGAUACAUUUUCGAAAAUCGUCUUUCCCCUACUUUUUGCCCUUGGGCUGCUAGCGAUUGCCGUUGCAAUCCACUCCACCUACAAGCGAUUCGCACGCAUCUCCAUUUCUAGUGUUCCUGGACCUGAGCCUGAAUCCUUCGUUUACGGUAAUCUCCCGGAAUUGUUCCAAAGUCAAGUCGGCGUUUCAGACUUCAAAUGGCAAGAACAAUACGGCGGUAUCGUACGUAUCAAGGGGGCGUUCGGAGAGGACCGCCUCAUGGUCUCUGAUUCAAAAGCUAUGCAAUAUAUCUUUCACACCGCUGGAUAUGGAUUCCUUAAAUGGCCCGAACGCACGGAGAUCAGUAGAGUUCUCAUGGGCAGAGGUCUCCUCUGGGCUGAUGGUGAAACUCACAAACGCCAGAGAAAAGCCAUGCUUCCUGGAUUUGGAGCGCCCGAAUCGAAGUCUUUUAUCCCAAUUUUCAAUAAAGUAGCAUCAGAUCUUUGUUCUCAUUGGAUUGAUCUCAUCGCAAGUGCCCCUGAUCAAACCGUGGAACUGAAUGCUGCUUCUUGGCUUUCCAGAGCUACUAUGGAUUCGUUGGGAGAAGCGGCCUUUGAUUAUCACUUCGGUGCUCUGGACCAGACCGAAAAUGAACUGAUGAAAGCUUACUUUGGAUUAAUGUCCGACACGCUUGGCCAACCAUCAAGGAAAACUAUCUUAAUGCAGACAUUGAUGCCUGUUUGGCUCCUCCGACUGAGGUCGCAGUUUUCCAGUAGCAAACACCUUGUCCACGCAAGGCACACCGCAAAACUCGCCAGUGCAAUUGCCAAAGCUCUCAUUGACAUGAAGGCAGACUUGUUGAAACAAGGGAAAGAGGGCCGCAAAGACAUUCUCAGUUUACUUGUCAAAGCCAAUGCGUCUGAAAACCCUGCGAAUCGUCUUACCGAGGAGGAAAUGAUCGCUCAGAUGCGAACCUUGCUUUUAGCAGGUCAUGAAACAAGCGCCACGACGCUCACAUGGGUUUUGUACGAGCUGGCUCGGCAUCCCGAAGUGCAACGCAAGUUGCGGGAAGAAAUUCGCGCCAGAGAAGCCUCACGUAGCGGCCCAGACUUCACUGCGAAUGAUUUCGACAACAUGCCGUACAUGGCAGCGGUGGUCAAGGAGUCUAUGCGGUUCCACCCUGCUGUAUAUCAGAACUAUCGGCAAGCUGCACGAGACGAUUUCCUACCGCUAUCAAAGUCGAUUGUCACGACUUCGGGCCGGGUUUUGAACGAGUUGCCUGUAGGAAAGGGCACAAAGCUCGUCCUAUCCAUUGCUGCGUACAAUAGAAACAAAGACGUUUUUGGGGAAGAUGCUGACGUCUAUGACCCGGAAAGAUGGUUCAAUUCGGGUGAAAAGAAAGGUCCCACUGUGGGAGUCUAUGGCAAUCUACUUACAUUUGCAGGGGGGGUGAGAACUUGUAUUGGAUGGAGAUUUGCACUUUAUGAAGUUCAGAGCCUGCUGGUUGCAAUUAUUAAUAACUUCGAGCUUGCUCCGACCAAGGACCUAUCGCGCCUUCGCAGGGAGGCCUGUUUAGUCACAGUCCCGACUCUUGAAGGCGAGGAAGCGAAGGGCGAGAACCUUCCCUUGAAAGUGACUAUCGCUCCUCGCGAUUAA